AUGUCAGAGUAUCCAUCACUUAAUAUUCUCUUACCCAAGGCUAUCUACAUGGUUUCAGGUGACAAGGAACUGCUUGAAACUGGCCAGACAACUAAAAUCUCAUAUUGUGCCUACCACAAAUUUUACUACAAACACCUGAUGAUGGGAGGUGUCUGGGCAUGCCAGGUUCCUGUAUUCUUCAACCAGGCCCUAUUUCCAUCUACUUCCUCACUCACUCCUGCUCCUGUUCUGAAUGAAGGGGACCCAGCUCAGUCAUGGGAAUUAGACUUUGAACGUGCCAUAGACAAGGGAGGAGAGCCGCCAGUGAUUAGACCUGUUAUACAACCAGAUCUGAAUCCAGCUGCUAUUUUGAAUCCUUCUGAAUCAAACUCAAUCUCUACUGCAAUGGAAGCUCUUGCUUUGGCACAUGGUCAAGAGAAUAUUGAUGAGCCAGUAGCUGAUGAUUCUGGUGUUUUAGCCACAACAAAACCAAAACCAAAAUGGAAAGGGAAAGGGAAGCAGGCUGCCACUGCUGUUGCUGAUGGAGAUUUAUCAGCUAAUACUGGAGUUCAGAGGUCUAACAGGCAUGGCAAGGAAAUUUAA